CGAUGGUCAGACAGAAAGUAACAGGAGCCCGGUCCCUUUACAUGAGGGGAUAUCUGCUCACAGUUUGCCUCAGUGUGUGGAUGGAUUCAGCCCAUGGAAUUGGGGUUCAGCUGAUCCCUCAGUAUCCGGUGGUUAAUCAGUCUGUUACCCUGAGUGUCACUGGAGUCACUGGCACAAUACGUCAGUUCGCAUGGUAUAAAGGUUCAAGUGUAGAUACUAAUAACCAAAUAUUCAAUGUUAUUCCAUCUCUAAAUUCAGUGACACAUGGGCGUCAGUAUUUCUCUAGGGCCAGUCAGUUCCCAAAUGGCUCAUUGCAGAUCUCAGGCCUUGUUCCUACAGACCAGGGGAGUUACACAGUGAUUAUACAGACUGCUGAGACUUCAGCACGACAUACAGUUCUCCUGCCAGUUUAUGAGCCCGUCACUUCCUCAGUGAUCAGCACAAACAAUAAGGAACCCCAGGAGAAUGGGAAAGUCACCCUCACAUGCAGUACAAAUAAUGCAGAAAAGAUCCUUUGGAGCAAAAAUGGUGUCUCUCUCCCUCCCAGACUGAUUCUGUCUGCAGAUAACAAGACUCUCACUUUCUCCAGUGUCUCUCGCUCAGAUACAGGACAAUAUCGAUGUGAAGCUUCAAAUGCCGUCAGUAAGACUAUCAGUGAUCCCUACACACUAACUGUAAACUAUGGUCCAGAAAGUCUGAGUAUCACAGGAAGGCUACAAGUGACUUCUGGGAGCACCAUCUCAUUAGAAUGUUCUGCUGAUUCUGUUCCUGCACCAACCUACCAGUGGAAAUUAAAUUGGACUGUUUUAGAAUUCCAGAAUAGCAAACUGAACAUCCAACAGGCCACAUCUGAGAAUGCAGGAAAUUAUACCUGUAUAGUGACUAAUUCAGUGACAAAGAUCUCGCCGGAAACCUCUGUAUAUGUGACUGUGAAUGAUAAUGACUCUGCAGGCUUUACAGCUGCCAUAAUCUGUGGGUCCAUCUUGGGGACAGUAUUCAUCAUCUGUAUAACAGGACUUCUCUACAAAAAAUAUGUUCUUUCCCAAAAAGGACAAUCAGGUGACAUAGGGGAGGACCCAUCCAGAGUAUAUGAAAAUAUUCCCAACACUGCAAAGGCUCAUCCUGCGAAAGAGGAGGGUCCCUACAUGGGACUACAGUACCCAUCUCAGGAUACAUACAGUGAGCUGAAAAAGUAACGUGAUACAGAUAAUUCAUUUCCACUCUUGGGUUGCAGAAAAAUUCAAGUUUGAAAACUUCAGUUUCAGCAAAUGACAUUGGCUAAGCACUGGUGCAAGAUUUCUUUCAGUUGAAUCUCCUGACAUCCUUCUCAUCACCUUCUCCUCCCAAUGACCAAUGCUGCAAUGAGGGGUUCAGUUAUGUAUUUGAUGUACUUGUUUACCAAUCAGAAGCCUGAUAACAUAAGAAGCCAUCCCUUAUAGUGCUGUCAGUUCAUUGCAUUGGCUGAUGAAGGACAAAGCUGCAUCCCCAAGCCAAUACCUGCAAUGGACCUGGGGGGAGGGGGGCUCAGGAGUUGUCAUAAUACUGAGCUGGACUCAAGGUUCCUUCCAGAAGUCAAUGCUGUGAAUUGUCAAUGUGAAUGCUUCAUAUACAGGAGGAUUCUGUUUGGAGAGGCCUGAUUCACAUGGAAUGUAACAUUUUUUUUAAAGGGGGUGGCCUUCCUUUAAGUUAACUUUUAUUAUGUUAUAGGAUGCCCAAUU